GGGUCGUUUGCCUUCCAUCAUUCAUACCCUAAAGCGCCAAAUCCCACUCUGUAUCUUGAUGGACUUGGUCAUAUAGGACUUCCGUUGAGCAUACGCGAUGCGGAGGCCAUCAAGUCAAAGGCAAACCAAGCCCCUUUUGGCAUGGGUGAGCGCACAGUAGUUGACAAGUCUGUACGGGAUACCUGGGAAUUGGAUGCGUCGCAGGUACGCUUCGAUAACCCGGCCUGGGACCCGUUCUUGAAACGUGUCGUGCAAGAAAUCUGUACAACGCUCGGAGUCAACAUCGCAGCAAGCGAACCACGAUGCGAGUUGUACAAGCUGCUACUGUACGAGACCAGCUCUCAUUUCCUACCUCACGUAGACACAGAGAAAGCGGACGGAAUGUUUGCGACCAUCGUCGUUGUACUGCCGUCUAAAUUCAAAGGAGGCAGUCUGCACGUUUCACAUGGGGGUCUUAAUACUUUCUACGACUGCAGUCCAAAGAGUCUUACGGAGACGAACGUCCUGGCAUGGUACACAGACGUCAUGCACGAGGUCAAGCCCAUCACGAGUGGAUGGCGACUAGCGCUGUCAUUCAACCUCGUUCACACAACAACGUCUUUGCGUCCGGCCUUGUCUGGCCAGACCGAACUCGUUGGAAGAAUGCGACACGUCCUUCUAUCGUGGAAGCAAGAUCUUGAUGGAGACGCCCCCCUUAAAUUAAUCUACCUCCUCGAACACAAGUACCCCCAGGCAAACCUUCGGGGAAGCGCACUGAAAGGCCGCGACGCUCAAAUUGUUGCUCUUCUUGACCUUCUGGCGAAGCAGCUUGACUUCCGCCUUGGUCUGGCAAACGUGGUAUGUCGUGUUUCUGGUUACGCCGACGAUCCAGGCUAUGGAAGAGGUGGUUGGGGAAGAGGAUACUCUAGCGAUGAGGACGCCGACGAAACCGACGAAUAUGUCGGCAUGGGCGAGGUUGAAGACACCUCUCUUAGCAUCGAGAACAUGGUAGACCUGGAAGGCACCUUGAUCAGAAAGCACCUGGAUUUCGCUUUUGAGACGGAAGGGAUGCCGGAAGACCUUGAUGAGGUGCUCCAGGAGGGAACGUACGACGAGCAAGAGUACGAAGGCUACCUCGGAAAUGUAUGCCGUCCUGUAAUCAUCAUUUGCGGUGCUGACCGUGUCCACAGGGGGCUGGUUCCUUGGAGCGAUGUGCGUUGGCCCGAGUUCUUAUUUGAGUCGUCUCUAAUAGCCCAUGAUAACAUGGUACAGGGUACCGCCGGACCGUUCUAG